AUGAAUACAUUAUCCGCGGCGUCGAUUUUCGUAAUCAUAGCGGUAGUAAAUGCCGGUUAUGAAGGUGGCCACGGCGGUCAUCACGAACUGUCGCACACCGUCGAAGUGACCAAACACAUCCCGGUACCGGUCUACAAGCACGAAGCCGUCGAAGUACCGCACGCCGUGCCGGUACCGGUACCAAAACCGGUAGCUGUGCCAGUACCGCAACCCUAUCCCAUUCAUAUCAACGUACCUCAGCCAGUUGCAGUACCUGUGAUCAAAGUGAUCACUAUUCCAGUUGAAAAACCAGUGCCAUAUAAAGUGGAGAAGGAGGUGCAUUAUCAUGUCGAGAAACCAGUGCCCGUUCCAGUGGAGAAACAUGUUCCAGUGAAGAUUACUAAGCCGGUGCCUUACAAAGUGCCCGUUUACAAGGUUGUCUACCAUCACAGCAAACAUCAUUCAUAA